GUCAUUCAGCCCCUCACUGAUUCACUCUAUCGGCGUGAGUAGGAGAGGGCUGCUAGCUCCACGAAGGUGCCACCCAGCGCACCGCAGACGGUUCUUUUCGGGGAGGGGAACGUUCGUGAAUAUUACCCGGCAGGUUAAGAGACCGGCUCUUCCACAGUUAUUCAACAGCACGACUGCGCCACACUUGAGGCACGGAGGCUACCCGUGGCUAGCUCGCGACUGACUGCCUGGGAUCAAGGUGUUGAUAGUAGCUAGCCUGGCAGCUAAUUAACCGUCCUGCCGGAGCGUCGUCACCGUGCUUCCCAACGGCACGUCGACACUAAGCCGCGGGUCCGUGCUCUCUUCUACGCCGGCGGCAUUGAGACGAGUGCCGAGCCGAGCACGUUGCUCCCCCCUUCUCCUCCUACCUCUCCACCCGAAACACUGGACAUCCACAAGCGGCCGGGGAGCGGCGAACUGCCGGCGAAGCUGGGGGGGCUUUCGUUACCCGAAGCGCACGGAGUCGUGGCGACUUCAGACAAGCACAGCUGUGGGGAGCUACCGACGAGUAUGGACGGGCUGGCCGUGGAAGUUCGCGGCUCGAAUGGGGCCUUCUAUAAGGGGUACAUCAAGGAUGUCCACGAUGACUCGCUCACCAUUGUUUUUGAAAACAACUGGCAGCCAGAGCGACAGUUACCCUUCAGCGACGUGCGGUUGCCACCUCCGACCGAUUACAACAAGGAAAUUGGCGAGGGAGAAGAAGUGGAGGUUUACUCCCGGGCUAAUGAACAGGAGCCAUGCGGCUGGUGGCUGGCCCGCGUCCGAAUGAUGAAAGGCGAGUUUUACGUGAUCGAAUAUGCGGCGUGCGACGCCACUUACAACGAGAUUGUCACAGCAGAGCGCAUCAGGCCGCUCAACCCCAACAGUCCUUCCUCGCGAAAUUCCUUCAACAAAGUCACCAUCGCUGUGCCGGAGGACCUGAGGGAUAUCUGUGCAGGCGAGAACAUUCAUAAAGAGUUUAGGAAAGCUAUCGGAGCCAACUGCAUCUUCUUCAGUGCCCAAACGAACGAGCUCAUCGUGCUGUCUACGAAUGAAACCACAAUAAAGCGCGCCACCCUCCUCAGCGACAUGCAUUUCCGCAGCAUCCGUACGAAGCUUAUGCUCAUGUCCCGUAACGAGGAAGCCACCAAACAUUUGGAGACGAGCAAGCAGUUAGCUUCGGCGUACCAGGAGGAGGUUCGAGUCAGGGAGGACCUGAUGGGGCUCGCCAUCGGCUCCCACGGGGCCAACAUCCAGCAGGCCCGCAAAGUCCCCGGCGUCACCGCGAUCGAGCUGGAAGAGGAGAGUUGCACCUUCAGGAUCUACGGAGAGACUCCGGACGCGGUCAAACAGGCCAGAGAGUACCUUGAAUUCAAAGAAGACUACUUUCAGGUACCCAGGAACCUUGUAGGCAAAGUCAUCGGCAAGAACGGCAAAGUCAUACAGGAGAUCGUGGACAAGUCGGGCGUGGUCCGCGUCAGGAUCGAGGGGGACAACGACAAAAAGCUUCCCCGUGAGGAGGUAGGCAGGCAGGGGGCAGGCAGGGACGACACUGCCGACGGCAAAGAGGGCAUGGUUCCUUUCGUGUUUGUGGGGACGAAGGAGAACAUCAGCAACGCUCAGGCAUUGCUGGAGUACCAUGUGUCUUACCUCCAGGAGGUGGAGCAGCUGCGCCUCGAGCGUCUUCAAAUCGACGAGCAGCUCCGCCAGAUCGGGGUGGGCUACCGCACGACUCAGAACCGAAGCGGACCCGCCGGAAGUGACCGGGAGAAAGGCUACCAGACCGACGAGAGCAGCAACUCGCUGCACACUUCCCGCACCUACGGGGGACGUGGCAGGGGGCGCAGGGCCUCCAACAGCAUGCACUCUGGAUAUGGCACAAACUCUGAGCUGUCCAACGCCUCCGAGUCGGAGGAAGUGAGCGAGCGCGACCAGCGGCCCCGCGGUAUCGGCGGGGAGGAGCGAAGCUCAAGGCGGGGCGGUCGAGGCCGGGGCGCCAACUCUGGACGGGGACGCGGCGGGCCGGCGUCCAAACCCUCCAACUCCAUCAGCUCAGUGCUGAGGGACCCCGACAGUAACCCUUACGCCCUCCUGGACGGGGAGUCAGAGCUGGCCGACACGGACGUCAGCGACGGCGUCGGAGGAGAGCGCCGGAGACGCUCCCGCCGCCGCCGUAACGACCAGGAGCCCAGCGUGAUGGACGCCGCCGCCGAGUCCGACGGCCAGGCCGGACCCAGUGAGAACGGGCUGGAUGAAGAGGCCCGACCCCAGCGCCGCAACCGAAGCCGCCGCCGUCGCAACCGCGGCAGUCGCCCCGAGGGAGACUCGGCUAGCUGCGAUCGGCAGCCAACUGAUAGUGUGACCGUCGCUGACUACAUAUCCCGUCCGGAGUCCCAGAGCAGACAGAACCUUCCCUUGAAGGAAAACCACACUGGUCCUGAACCCCCCAAGGAGAACGGGACCAGCAGCAAAACGGACGAGCAAACGCCUUCUAAGCGUUCACCCAGCAAAGGCACGACACCAGCCGGCGAGACGGUAACGUUGGUCAACGGCGUCUCGUAAUGAGUCGGCCCCACCCAUCGCGAACCCAAGUCUCGAGCAAGACUCCAUGGCAAACUGUCCCUGCUUGCAUUAACGUAAACCUUAAACAGAUGAGUGAAAAGUACCUGACAAAAUUCCUGAAUCCAUACUAUGAGAGUGGAAAAAAAAAAUAUGACGCAUCUUCUUGAAAACCCACGGUGUAUGCUAUAUCCUAUCUAUCAGUACUUAGUGCUUAUUUAAAAACACAAACACACACACACAAAAAAAGUAGCUUGCCAAAAAAGAACUGGUGGAUAUGACUUGAGUUUUAAGGAAAAAAACCGAGACACAACAAAAAGGACUAGAUUUUCUCGUCGCUCUUCUGUUGGUUUCCUUCAUUGUUUAUCACUGGUUUGGACUCGGGGGUCUCGGACGCGUCUCUUAACAGCGUUGACGUGCGGGCGCGAGAGGUGUCAUCUGCGGCGAGUGACACACAAGCGGAGAGUGCAAUGCGUCGAAGUGUUCAUACUCACAGGCUGGAAAUAUUGAUAGACAUUGUGCCUUGAAUUUGAAAGAAAAAAAAAAGAAAAAAACGUUUUUUGUUUUCGUCAGGACAUGGGAGGCGGUGUUCCGUUUUUUUUUAUUUUAUUUUGGUUGCAAGGAGAUGACUUGAGGGAGUGAUGGAGUCACAAGAGUGAGGAAGAUACAGAACUAGGGGGAGUGGCUGGAAGGGGGCGAGGGGCAAGGUAGGUGCCAAACGACCUGAUUUCAAGGCACUUUUCCUCAUUCCAAACAGAACGGACAAAAUUGCGGUUUCGAGCGUAGUGACGUAGAAACAGGAGGCCUGGGAAAUGUAAACGCAGCCCGGGCCUCGCAGCGACGGCAGUAUGAGGUGAUGCGUCGCCCCCUCCUCCCCUCCCAAAGUGUCGGCCGGGGGGCGCCUUUCGAAACGUGACAAAACUGCAGACUUCAACAGUAGACCUAAAAGAGAAGCAGCCGUUACCUUCCAGCCACAGUCUCGACAAACCGCGGCCGCCCGUGGAUCCAGAUGCGCACGUGAGGCGACCACCUUCUUGGGUGGGGGUGUAUGCACCCAUUGGGCAAAGCCUGGGGGACUAAGAACUGUGGGAUUGGGACAGCUAAAAAAAUGAGACGAGAGCCACGCGUGCAAACACAAACAUACGCAAACUAGGCGCAAGAAGCGGAGGAAGACCAGGACCCCUCGGUGGCUCUCUGCUCAUGUUAUUGUUGUCUUGGUUACCGCUCCUUUUUUUUGUUUUUUGUUGUUGUUGUUGCUAUUUCCACAUCUUAGAAAAUAAAAAAUGGAAGUGAAAUCAACCCCACCUCUGGAGAUGACCUUUUUAAUUUCUCUGUCUCGUGGGUUUGCAGUCUAUUUUUCUAACUUGCAUGACUCGACGGCUAACCAUUCGUAGGCGGCGCCUGCCCCGUGCAUGCCAAGAGGGGGUUGUCGAUCCCACUUACAAAGCCAUCGGUUUCAUCCAAUAGAAUCGCUGCUAACGUACACACUGAAUGUCCGAGUAGAGCGAGAGAAGGGCGGUCGUCUGUAUCCCCGGCUCGCAGCUUCCAGAGUCUCCCGGGCAACAUUUGGGCAUAACGGUAAAGCAUCCACAUGACCAAAGGUUUUUAAGAGGCAGACGAACGGGAAUGCGGUUGCAUCGAGACGACUCUGAUGCUGCUUGUUUGACAUUACUGCUCACCUGUGUGUUGUGUUUUUAAGAGUGUGAGAGAGCACUUGUACCUAUUUUUGGUUUCAGUUGCAUGUGUGCGAGUUUGUGUACAUUUAUACCUCAUUGUGUGAAUACUGUAUCCCCUCAUGUAUCUGUAACCCUCACGUCCCGUUGAAAGACUGCUGGCUGCACUUUGUAUGUGUACGCACGUGUGUGCUGGUUGUACAGUUCACUUCUCUUGUCAGAUUUUGUCUCUGCAUUCGUGUACUGAUGGCAAUAAAGGACUUUUCAUUAUUUGGUA